AUGAUCGAUCUGGGGCUUGCCCGGGUCGGGCGGCUCAUUCAGCACACGCCGCAGACGUGGAAGGCUAUUCAUGUGGCUGGUACGAACGGCAAAGGGUCGAUAUGCGCUUAUCUCUCGACCAUGCUCACAGCAAGCGGGCUCUCGCACGCCCGGUUCACGUCACCCCAUCUCAUUGACCGUUGGGAUUGCAUCGCCAUUGACGGCAAGCCCGUCUCAGAAGCCGUGUUUCGGGAUGCCGAGGAGGUGGUCAAGCAACGGGAUAAAGAGGACCGAAUCGGCGCAACCGAGUUCGAGCUGCUGACCGCAACGGCGUUCGAGAUCUUCCAUCGCCAAAAAGUCGAGUACGGAGUGGUCGAGGUCGGCUUGGGCGGCAAGUUAGACGCGACCAACGUGCUGAAACAGAAGGCUGUCAGCAUAAUUUCAAAGAUUGGCCUCGAUCACCAGUCCUUUCUUGGCAAUACGAUCGAGGAAAUUGCCCUGCAAAAGGCUGGCAUCAUCCGCCCUGGCGUUCCCUGUGUGGUAGACGGCAGCAAUCAGCGUUCCGUUUUGAAGGUAAUCGAAGAUCAUGCCCGGGAGGUUGGGGCGGAACUCCGCUUCCCGUCAGUUACGAGUGUCACCGAUGCAAUGACUACUGAGAAGUUGGAGCCACAUCAAAUACAAAACUUGGCUUGCGCACACCUGGCCUUCCACCUAGCAUGUCCCGAGCAGGACCGCCCACUGGUCCACCUCCUGCCCUCCAUCAUGCAGACACAGUGGCCGGGCCGGCUGCAAAGGCUCGAUGUUUCAAGCAUCACGGGCGAUCAGCGAGAAGUCCUCCUCGACGGCGCCCACAAUACACAAUCGGCUGAAGUCUUGGCCAGCCCGGCGACCAAGUUGCUGCUGUCCGGUUUGAGUCUGUUGACGGGAUGCCUUGGGUCAAGGCCGCCGACCCUGUGGGAAUCCUUCAAACAGCUUCCCAACAUGGCGCACAAAAAGUGGCAACAUACAACGCUGGAGACGACGUUAAAGGGGCUCUGA